GGCCGCUCUCGCGCGCGCCCAAAUCGGCGAGCGGCCAAAUCGCGUGUACGGUCUGCCACUCUGCCUGCUCUCCGCCUUCCCAUCCAAAACAGCUCAGAGUAGAGAAGAGGGGCAUUAUAAGCACAGUUAUCACCUUCGCAUCAUCUCUUUACUCUGUGAAAUCUUCACCUAAACGUUCCUGGAAGCCGCCUCAUAGGUUCUCAAAUUGGUUCUGCUGGCCCUGCCGACCCUAUAGUUAGAAGGCCAGGAUGAGGGUGGCGCCUGAAGGGGCGGGCACUCUAGUAUGCGGGGCACUCUCGGCUCUGUGCGUGGCGCGUCUCUGAGGGAAAGCAGACCGCUGUGUCGCAGCUCUGCCCUUCGCACGUCCGCAACAUUUUCGUCUCGCUGCCUCCGGCGAGGCGGAAGGGCUGGACCAAUGUCCAGCGAGAACAUCCUUUUGGACCGAGCUCUUAGCGUCCAGGGCCCCGGAUAUGGCUACCUGCACCUUGGCGGUGUAUACGGGGACUGCGUGGCCACCACGGCGCUGGGCUAUCGGGCAGCUGCGCCGAGCAUGCCUGCCUCCGCUUCAGUGCCCUCUUUCGGGCAAUCGGGCGUGUUGAGGCCGCACCCGCGGAGAUACUCGCAGAAUGCGUUUGGAACAUCAUUGUCGCCCGUGCACGGGCCUUCCGACGGCGGGACUGGAGCAAACGUCUACUGCAUGCUGCCCCUGGACACGGUCAAUUCGGAAGGCGUCUUUCGGUACGCGGGCUCGGCUUGGUUUGCUCAGGCGCUCCAAUUGCUCGUGGCGUCUGGCGCUCAUGGCGUUGCGAUGGAUUUCUGGUGGGGCGCUGUCGAGAGGAGCCCGGGGCAAUACAAUUGGAGCGGAUACAAGCAAGCCCUGGAGGUCAUUAAGCAGACCGGGCUCAAGGUCCAGGUGGUGUUGAGCUUCCACGCGUGUGGCGGAAACGUCGGUGACACGGUCCAAAUACCGCUGCCGGACUGGGUCGUCCAGUGCGCGGAGGCGGACCCGGACCUGUUCUUCGCGGACCGCCCGCGCAACGGUGGGCUGGGCAACCGGAACCGGGAGUACCUGUCCAUCUGGGCGGACGACGCGCCCGGGGUGCUGCGUGGGAGAAGCCCCAUGCAGUGCUAUGAGGAGUACAUGGUCAGCCUCCGGGAAAACUUCAGCCAGGAGCUGGGGACGGUAAUCGAUGAGGUGGUGGUGGGCGCUGGCCCUUGCGGUGAGCUGCGCCUGCCGUCGUAUGUUGAGGCGAACGGCUGGCGCUUCCCGGGGGCGGGCGAGUUCCAGUGCUACGACCGCCGCGCGCUAGCGUCGCUGGCGCAGGCGGCGCGAGAGGCGGGGCACCCGGAGUGGGGGUACACGGGCCCGCACGACGCCGGGGAAUAUAACAGCACGCCGGAGCACACGGGCUUCUUCAGCCACAAUGGCAGCUGGAACACGCCGUACGGCAGGUUCUUUCUGGAGUGGUACAGCGGCUGCCUGCUAAAGCACGGCGACCGGCUGCUUACCGUUGCCAACGCCGUGUUCGCGUCCAAGCUCAACCCGCCGCCACAGCCGCCGCAGUCGCUGCUGCAGACGUUAGGCGCGGCAGGGUCGGCGCUGGCGGCGCAGCUGCAGCAGGUGGCGCAGCAGACGGUGGGGUCGCUGGGGCACGGCAGCAGCGGCGGCAACGCCAUGGGGAACGGGGCCGGCAGCGGCCCCAGCUCGUCGCACGGGGUGCAGGCGUUCCUGUCGCCGAUGGCGCCGGGCGGCAUGAACAGCUACGUCACCAACACGCCGUUCCAGCCGAUGUCCUUCAUGGGGCUGCACACGUCGCAGACGUCAUCGGGCGGGCCGCGCAUGAGUACGCAUUCGCUUAACCGCAUCCUAGAGACCGGCGGCAGCUGUGGCAGCAGGCCGGGCAGCGGCCACGCCAGCGGCAACGAGCUCACCGGCUCCGCUAGUGCGGACGGCGGCGGCAUGCCACCGCCGCCGGCGCCACCGCUGCCGCGGAGACAGGCCACUGAGGGCAUGCUGUCCUCGUGCGGCGUGCCCAGCAGCAUCUCCCCCUGCUGCACGUAUUCGUCCAUGUCCACCUACACUGGUACAAGCAGCGGCGGCGCCAGCGGCAGCACUGCCAACAUGAUCAUGGCGACCGCCGGCAGCUCUGGCUCGCUCAUGUCGCCCCGGUCUAUGUCGGUAUUCCACGGCACGGCAUGCGGUGCACCACACAGUGAAGCCCACGGCGCGGUCGGCGCCGCGGCGGCUGCAGGGACGGUGCUGGGCGGCAGGCGAAGCAGCGGCGGCGGGGCGGCAGGGUCGCCACAGAACGCGUCGGGCGUCUUCAGCGCCGCCAUGAAUGCCAUGGUCACGCGCGGCGUUGCGACCGCUGCGGCGCUCAUGCAGGCGGCAGCAGCACAGGGUGGGGCAGCGACUAGCAUGGCUGCUACGAACGCGCGGGCGGUAGCCGCUGCUUGUGGCAGCAGCAGCAGGACGUCGAGCGACAGCGCUGCCGCCACGAACGUUGGGACAACGGGCGCCGCGGCGUUGGCGUCCGGAGACGCCACCAUGAUUGACGUCGAGCCGUCUGACAACUCCCACACGUCCACCGUAGCGGAGCUGAUGAACGCGCAGGGUUUGUCGGGCUCGAGCAAUGCCAGCGGGCCGCUCGCCCACCCGCUCAACGCGGCGGCGCAGCCUGGCACCCUGGCCCCGACCGCCGUCACGGCCGCCGCCUCGGGCGCCAUCGUUGCGGCGCCCGGUGCCGGCCACGCAAGCUGCCACCCCAGCCCGCUGUCCGGAGUGCGCUUCCGCUCCUCCGCCUCCACCUUGGCCGACGCCGAGCCCAUGUUCGGCAGCGGCCAGGGCACCGCCUUCGCCGCGGUGGCGGCCGCCGGCGUCAUCAUCGCCAGCGGCCACACCGCGCGCAUGGACCUCUGCAACUCGCUGUCCUCGCUCUCCACCGAGUUCACCACCACGGGCGCCACCAACGGCGCCGGGAACAUCGCUAGCAUGCACUACCUGGACGUGGCGGCCUCGCUAGUUGCGGACGGCGACGACGAGAGCGACGUCGGCACCAGCUGCUGCACCGCCGGCGCGGCGGAGGAGGCGGAUGAGCUGUUCCUGGGUGCGGGCAACAGCGCCGGUCGCACGCCGCACCCCAGCAUUUCGGAGCAUGCCGCAGCGCUGUCGCUGGUGCCGGUGGCCGGGCGGCCGUUGCACCACGGGCAGUCCGCGGGCACAAGCAGCGGUAGCAGCGGCGGUGGCCUACAGGCGCAGCUGCAGCAGCUCCAGCCGCCGCACGGCGCACGCAUGGCCGGCAUUUAUAGCGAUGACGGCCGAAGAUCGAGCGCGGAGCUAAGCGGCAUGGGGCUAGGCGUGGCCACGCUGGGCGUUGGCAUGAGCACCGCCAGCGCCGGCACCGCGGUCAUCAGCGGCGUUGGCGGCGUCGGUGGCGUGGCCGCUGCCGCCACCAACCCGGUCACAGCUCUGCUGUCGCCGACGACGUCGUACCACACCGCCGGUACGGCGCCAGCACUUGCAACUAGCAGCGGCGGCGGCGCGGGCGCGGCGCUAUACGGCGCGACCGGCAUGCACCUAGCGCUCAAGAUUGCGGGCAUUCACUGGUGGUACCGCUCGCGGUCGCACGCGGCGGAGCUGACGGCUGGCUAUUACAACGUGGAUGGCCACGACGGCUAUGAGGCCAUCGUCAACCUGUGCGCCCGGCAUCGGGCGAACCUUGUGCUCACGUGCGUAGAGAUGUGCGACUCGCAGCAUCCGGCGCAAGCGCAGUGCGGCCCCGAGGGGCUGCUACGACAGCUGCGUCAGCUCGCAGCACGCGCGGGCGUGCAGCUCAGCGGCGAGAAUGCGCUGCCCAUCUUCUCGUCGGGCGGCGUAGACAACGACGCGCUGGACCGCAUUGUGAACAACAUGCGCUCCUGGCCCAUGCCCAACAACAACGUCAACAGCCGCGUCGGCAUCAGCCCCGCGCCGUCCAUGGUGAUGCCCAGCGGCAACGGCAAUGGAAACGGGAACGGGAACGGCAAUGGAAACGGCGCGCAUGCCAGCUCUGGCGGCAACAUCGUGUGCGUCGGCUACCGAAUGUCCGAGUCUGGGCGCAUGGUGCCGGUUGGCACGGCCGCGUCGGCAGUCGUCAACGCGAACGGAAACGGCAGUGGGAACGGGAACGGCUAUGGCUUGAACGGCGCUAGCGGGUCGCAGAGUGCGGCCGAGUCGGGUUCGCAAAUCAACGGGCAGCCGACGUCGGCGGUGACGCCGCACGGCUCCACAGACCUGAACGGAGCGUACAGCACGUGCCUGUCGCCGGCCCCGCCCGAAGUGCUGCCGUCGUUGCGCGCCUUCACCUUCCUACGCCUGGUCCCUGAGAUGCUGCUGCCCGGCUACCAGUCGCUGUGGAUGCGGUUCAUGGGCAAGCUGCUGGCGUCUUAAGUGGCGCGGCAUAGCGCACAAGGCAGCGAGUGCGGGAAUGGACGAUGGAUCGGGCUUUGGGGGGGGGGGACUCCGAUGGUUGAAUGCGACUGGCAGGGUACCUGGAACGGUUGAGCUGGCUGCGAGAAGGCCAGUGCCCAGGAUGAGCAGUGCAGCGUUUUUGUUUUGUAGGUCACGCUUCAAGAGGCUCACAGUAUUGCUUGCCCGGCCGCAUGGGGUUGUGGUGGGAGAUGUAUGCAUACGCGGGAAUGCUGCUGCUACCAAACCGCCGAGCUGGUUGGCUGCUUUUGUGGACGAAGAACCCUACCCGGGUUAUGUUGCAAUGGGGACACUGCUUACCAUAUGGCGGCGGCUGCGGUGACCUCAGCGAGGCUCACAUGCGCCCCUUCGAUUGCACGGUGGAGCAAGCUUUGCCGGCGGUCUGGUCGUUGUUGAUACGUACCGUGCACCGUAAGUUAAACGCACGACAUGAAGGAUUCCGUUAUUUUUUGGGACUGGGUGGAACACCUGUGACUGCGGUGGAACAGGUUUGGUACGAUGUGCGUCCUUUGUGCCUAUGGGUCGUUUUGGGAUCAUAGCAAUGCAAUGUUUUGUAGCGCGGAAUGCUGCCUGUGGCUCAAGAAACAUGGUGACGGUUUGGUUUCCACAGGUUUGAAGAGGAACGGUUUUGUGCAAAGGGGCAAGUUGGCUGCAAAGAAGGACAACGGGCCGCAGGACCAGACAACAACUAUCUGCAUAGGUUACUGCGUGGCUUCGCAUGAAGAAGUGGAAGAUUGAGAGUGAAGGCCUGAACUCACAGCCACGACGCCGUACCCUGGGGCGAUGCUCCUGGUUUGGUCACCGAGGUUCGACCAAACGCCAAAAGGGCGCGCCCUGUAAACAACAACAUUG